CCGUGACCUGACUGACAAAGUGGCGCUGCCUGUUUCUAUGUUUAACUUUAAUCACAGUCUCUGCUGCUUCUUUAUUCACUGGACUUCUUCUCGUCGCAGAUCAGAACUCGGAUUUCUUGAAGAGUCUGUCUCGUGCUCGGAAACUCCGUGUAACUCCUGCUCUGUGUGGAAAUUUCUAAUUAUCUGCGUGGGUUAAUUACACCCAUGGACAAAUCAUUAACAGCGCCCCCGCGGGAACGACGCGCUCUGAUUGGUCCGCUCCGAUAGAAAUACCAGGUGUGGACGGUGAGACGGGACCACCAGCACCAGCAGCUGCACCAGCACCAUCAGGAAGGCCAGAACCCUGAACCAGAACCACCUCAGCACCAGCAUCCACAGCCCGUGAGACGACAUGCUGCCCGGCUCCGCUCUGCUCCUGCUCCUCGGGCUCAGCUCCGCCGCCUGCUUCGAGCUGCUGCCGGAGGAAGCUGCUCCCCGCCGGGCACGAUUCUCCGCGAACAGCCCGACUGACGUGGCCAGAUGUUUGAACGGAGCCGUGUCCGUCGGCUGUGGAUUCUUCUCCUGUCUGGAAAACUCAACGUGUGACACCGACGGGAUGCAUGAAAUCUGUGAGCUCUUCCUCCACACAGCUGCUACCUUCAACACAGAGGGGAAAACCUUUGUGAAGAAAAGUCUGCACUGCAUCUCCCAGGGAAUCUCAGCCAAGGUUUUCCAGACGAUCCGCCGCUGCAACAUCUUCCAGAGGAUGAUCGCAGAGGUGCAAGAAGAUUGUUACACCAGCCUGGACAUCUGCACUGUGGCUCGAACCAACCCUGACGCCAUCGGAGAGGUGGUGCAAGUGCCGACUCAUUUCCCCAACAGGUACUACAGCACUCUGCUGCAGACCCUGCAGGCCUGCGACGAGCAGACGGUGGCGGCGGUGAGGACCGGCCUCAUGGCCAGGUUAGGCCCCGACAUGGAGACCUUCCUGCAGCUGGUCCAGAACAAACCCUGCACCACUGGCUCCAGCUCCGGCACCUUCAACAACCCCUCGAGCUGGAGAAACAUGCCCGUGUUCAACAUCCAGCCCGGCUUCAGAGGCCGGGACCCGACCCACCUGUUCGCCAGGAAGAGAUCUGUGGACGACGUGGAGGGAGGGGUUAAAGCCGAGAACUAGCAGUCACACACACACUUCCUCCUCACAUUGAUUCACAAUGAUUGCAGCCAAAAGCUUUAGAUGGUGAUUGGGGGUAAUAAUUAUGUUAUUAUUAUUUAGUCAGAUUUUCUCAGUUGCAACAAACUUGACUGAGAACCCGUCACAGAUGUUUGAACAGAGGCCGAUUGCAACGAUCACGACUGAUAUUUAUUUUCUUAAACAGGUUAAUUUAUGAGGCUGUUGUAUUUAAUGUAGUGUGAGAGGGAAAGAGGCCGCGGAGGUCGGAGGACGCUUUCAUGCUGGUCGUGGAGCUCGUUAUGACUCCCGUUAGGCUUUGCUGGUCUGAGAUUAUGUUUUUUUAAAAAGAGUUUGACUGAUGUGAUGUAAAAACCUGAGACGGUUAGAAAUAAACAAUGUUAUACAAUGA